AUCAGUGUAGCUCCAACAGUGCCACCUGCCAGUGCCCAUCAGUGCCACCUGCCAGUGCCUACCAGUGCACAUCAAUGCCACAUAUCAGUGCCCAUCUGAGAGCUGCCUUUCAGUGCCAGUCAGUGCCACCUAUCAGUGCCGCCCAUCAGUGCCAUAUAUAUGAGUGCUGCCUUUCAGUGCCCAUCAAUGCCACCUGCCAGUGCCCAUCAGUACCACAUAGUGCCUACCAUCAGUGCCACCUAUCAGUGCCGCCAAUCAGUGCCACCUAUUAGUGCCAGUCAGUGUUGCCUAUCAG